GGUCCAUGCUUGACGCGUCAGCCGGGCGCGCCCACAGUACGUCUCCUCCCAACAGGGAUGAGUUUGGAUGGACUCACGGAAAGACUGCUCAUGCCGCAGAAAGAGUUCCUGCAGCCGAGUGGGGAAGUUAGUGAAAAGGCCGAGCCAGACGGAGCUAAACGGCUCAACUUUAGCCGUCACGUCCACCCGGGAGCUGUCGGUGUUUUGAUCCAAAGAGAGCGCUGCACUCCGGGGAUACGCCCAGUCCUAACGUCAACACAGGAACUGGAUGAUCAGAAAGAGGGGCAGGACCGAUAACUGCAUCCUUCUGGGGAACACCCCAGCAUAACCACAGAGUGUGUGAGAUAGGUUCACUUCAGAGGUUACAACUCUGCGACAAUGGCUGAUUCUGUCGAGGACUAUGAGAAUUACACCUAUGAAUACUACCUGGAGUUUGGAGACUUAGAGGAACUUAAAGUAGACCACAGGCAGAGGGAGACUACACACAUUAUCUCAGUGGUCAUCUACAUUAUUUCCUUUGUGCUUGGUCUGAUUGGAAACGGAACUGUGAUUUGGGUGACAGCGUUUAAAAGCAAAAAGACAGUGAACAGCAUUUGGUUGCUCAAUCUAGCCAUAGCAGACUUUGUAUUUGUGCUUUUUCUCCCCUUCUACAUUGAUUACAUAAUGCAGGAUUUCCACUGGGACUUCGGUGUGGUCAUGUGUAAGCUUAACUCAUUUGUGUCCGUGAUGAACAUGUACGCCAGUGUGCUCUUUCUCACAGUACUCAGCAUAGACAGAUAUGUUUCGCUGGUCCACCUCAACUGGUCUCAGAAGUAUCGCACUAUAGAGAGGGCCUGGGUUGUAUGUGGUUGCAUUUGGGUGCUGGCUGCUGUCACGAGCUGCCCUGCGCUGAUUUUUCGUGACACCAUGCGCCUACACGACAAGGUGGUGUGUUUCAACAACUUCCACACACAGGACGGACACACAGCGGCCAUGAGACACAUUAUGAUAGUGGUCAUUCGUACCACCGUGGGCUUCUUGUUGCCUUUUACUGCCAUAUGUGUGACAGGUAUACUUCUGACAAUCAAAAUGAAUCGAUCUGGCGGUUUGGUCCGCCUGUCCAGCUUCUCCAGAACAGUCUCUGCAGUAAUUCUGGCCUUCUUUUUAUGCUGGGCACCUUUUCAUACUUUCAGCUUGAUGGAGUUAUCCAUACAUUCCUCAUUUUACCUACACGACAUACUGAAAGCUGGCUUUCCUCUCGCCACCAGCUUAGUUUUCAACAGCUGCAUUAACCCCCUCCUGUAUAUGCUCCUGGGCAAAAAGGUGCGUCAUAUCCUGAAGCGUGCAUGCCUGGACAUUACUAAGAGUUCACUGAGAGAGCUCAGCCAGUCAAUCUCUGCCACAGAGAUGGAAUCUCUGCCAGGACUUCACCAGGACAGUGUGCCAGAGGAGCCUGUGGAGUCGUCAUCUCUAUGAUUACAACCAUCCCCAGACUGUAGUUGUCCAUUAAAAAAAACAUGAAGGAUAAGACUGGCUUUAACGUAAAUGUGGAGGAUUAUCAUAGCUGUUCUUUCCCGCUGUAGUGUUAAGAUUUUCCUAUUGUGUUUCAUUUUGACCGAGUUUAGCAUAAUAACUCUGAAAGGAAAAUCUGAGCAGAACUGUGCAUAAUGUGCACAUGGAGUUAAUAUCUUUCUCUUUGGUUUUCAUUUGCAAAACUCCAGUGAUUUGCAUUUAAAGAGGCAAGAAAAAGACAAAUAAUCUUAAAGUAUUUUGAUAAUUAAUUGAUAGUUUGAAUAUAUAUAUAUAUUUUAAACCCAGACAUCCUCUAGUUGCAGCUUCUAAAUUGUGAGAAUCUGCUCCUUGAAUGUAUUUGUCUUCUAUGAUAGUAAAGGGUUCAUCUUUUGCAUUUGCAAUUUAAAGAUGUUCUGGCAUUUUUCACUAUUUUCUGUGAUUUUAUAGACCAAGUAAACAAAAUGAUUGAUCCAUAUGAAAGUAAUCAUUAGUUGCAGUGUUAUAUCAAAUGCAAAUAACGUAUUUAGCCUACUGAAUGUGUUAUUGUUGUAGCCUACUCUUGAGGCACGGCAUCUUUUGGUUAGAGAUUAGAUAUAUUGCAUAAAUCUAUUGGUAGUCAACAUUAUCACAUUUUUAUACUGUUUUACAUGGCUGCUAGUCACCUAUUAAUGUAUUGUAAGAACGUUGAUUUUUAAACUAGUUGAGAGUUAUAUAAAUGUUUUAUUCUAAUAUAUUUUAAGUAAAUACCAUAUUUCUUAAUAAAUUUCUUUUU